UGAAAUGGAAUCCAUCAAAACGCUCCCUCAAACAUUCGAUGAAGAUGCAAACAAAAACAACCCAUUGAUGAUCUUUGAUUCAGCUGACUUAAAUAAUAAAUCAGACAAGAUACCUCAAGAGUUUGUAUGGCCCGACCAUGAUAAACCCUCUAAAAACGUUCCGAUCCUCCAAGUUCCUCUCAUCGACCUCGCUGGUUUUCUCUCUGGCAACCCAUUUUUGGUCUCGGAGGCUACAAGGCUAGUGGCGGAAGCGGCAAAGCAACAUGGUUUCUUCCUAGUCAUCAACCAUGGAAUCGAUGAGAAGCUCUUGUCUGGUGCAUGUACACUAAUGGACAAAUUCUUCAAGUCACCGAGUUGUGAGAAACAGAAGGCUCAGAGAAAGUGGGGCGAAAGCUCGGGUUAUGCUAGUAGCUUUGUUGGAAGAUUCAGAAAAAAUCUUCCAUGGAAGGAAACGCUGUCGUUUGCAUUCUCCCCAGGGGAGAAGAGUGAGAACCACUCCCAAGAUGUUAAAGAGUUCAUCGUUAAGAAGAUGGGUGACGAAUACAAAGAUUUUGGGAUUGUUUAUCAAGAAUACGUGGAGGCCAUGAGCGAUCUUUCACUGAAGAUCAUGGAGCUUCUUGGAAUGAGUCUUGGCAUCAAUAGGAGCCAUUUCAAAGAGUUUUUCGAAGACAAUGAGUCGAUAUUUAGAUUGAAUUACUAUCCACAGUGCAAGCAACCCAAUGUUGUACUAGGGUCAGGACCGCACUGCGAUCCAACAUCUCUAACCAUACUUCAACAAAACCAAAUCAACGGUCUUCAAGCUUUCGUGGACAACCAAUGGCAAGCAAUACUUCCUAACCCUCAAGCACUGGUGGUAAACAUUGGCGACACUUUCAUGGCUCUAACCAACGGAAUAUACAGGAGUUGCUUGCAUCGAGCCUUAGUGAAUAGCAAAACCGAAAGAAAGACACUUGCAUUCUUCCUUUCUCCAAAAAUGGACAAAGUGGUGAGGCCACCAGCGGAAUUAGGAGGUGAAAGAGCAUAUCCAGAUUUUACAUGGUCUAUGCUUCAUGAGUUUGUAAUGAAACAUUAUAGAGCAGAUGAGAGCACGCUUGAUGAGUUCACAAAAUGGCAUACGAACAGAGGAAGUUUCUGA